AUGUGGAGGUUCAAGGUUUCCGACGGCGGAAGCCCAUGGCUUCGGACACUUAACGAUCAUGUUGGCCGCCAGAUUUGGGAGUUCGAUCCUAAUCUCGGAUCUCCAGAAGAGCUCGCUCAGAUUGAAGCCGCUCGCAAGAGUUUCCGCGAGAAUCGCUUCGAACACAAGCAUAGCGCUGAUCUCCUCAUGCGCAUUCAGUUUGCAAAAGAGAACCCAAUUAGUGAAAUCUUACCUAAAGUCAGAGUGAAAGAUAUUGAAGAUGUUACUGAAGAGACUGUGACAAGAACAUUAAAAAGGGCCAUUACUUUCCAUUCAACCCUCCAGAGUGACGAUGGACACUGGCCUGGAGAUUAUGGAGGUCCCAUGUUUCUUAUGCCUGGCUUGAUAAUUACACUUUCUGUCACUGGGGCACUGAAUGCAGUCUUAACAGAAGAACAUAAAAAGGAAAUAUGUCGAUAUCUAUAUAAUCAACAGAACAAGGAUGGUGGAUGGGGUUUGCAUAUUGAAGGUCCAAGCACCAUGUUUGGCUCUGUCUUGAAUUAUGUUGUUCUAAGAUUACUUGGUGAGGGACCAAAUGAUGGAGGAGGGGACAUGGAGAAGGCACGUAACUGGAUUCAAUCACAUGGUGGUGCUACUUACAUAACAUCAUGGGGGAAGAUGUGGCUUUCAGUGCUUGGGGCACAUGAAUGGUCAGGAAAUAAUCCCAUGCCCCCUGAGAUAUGGCUACUUCCAUACUUGCUCCCAUUUCAUCCAGGAAGGAUGUGGUGUCAUUGCCGGAUGGUCUAUUUGCCCAUGUCCUACUUAUAUGGCAAGAGGUUUGUUGGUCCAAUCACACCAACAGUGUUAUCUUUGAGAAAAGAGCUCUAUAACAUACCAUAUCAUGAUAUAGACUGGGAUAAAGCUCGUAAUUUGUGUGCUAAGGAAGACUUGUACUAUCCUCAUCCAUUCAUUCAGGAUGUUCUUUGGGCCACUCUACACAAGGUCGUUGAGCCCAUUAUGAUGCAUUGGCCUGGAAAAAAGUUGAGAAAAAGGGCUCUAACGACUGUAAUGAAGCAUAUACACUAUGAAGAUGAGAAUACUCGAUAUAUUUGCAUAGGUCCUGUAAACAAGGUGUUGAAUAUGCUCUGCUGUUGGAUAGAAGAUCCAAAUUCAGAGGCCUUCAAGUUGCAUCUUCCAAGGCUUAAUGAUUAUUUGUGGAUUGCUGAAGAUGGCAUGAAAAUGCAGGGAUACAAUGGAAGUCAACUAUGGGAUGCUGCAUUUGCGGUCCAAGCAAUUAUUUCAUCUAACCUCAUUGAAGAAUAUGGCCAAACUAUUAAAAAAGCUCAUUCAUUUAUUAAGAAAUCACAGGUUUUAGAAGAUUGUCCAGGUGAUCUUAAUUAUUGGUACCGUCACAUUUCCAAAGGUGCUUGGCCUUUUUCAACUAGAGAUCAUGGAUGGCCGAUAUCUGAUUGCACAUCUGAAGGACUAAAAGCUGCUCUAUUACUUUCCAAAAUUUCACCGAAGAUUGCUGGUGAGCCAAUCGAAAUAGAGAGGCUAUACGAUGCUGUUAAUGUCGUGCUCUCAUUGCAGAACAAAGAUGGUGGCUUUGCAACAUAUGAACUCACACGAUCAUAUAGAUGGCUGGAGAUAAUAAAUCCAGCGGAAACUUUUGGUGAUAUAGUUAUUGAUUAUUGUUAUGUGGAAUGUACAUCAGCCUCUCUGCAAGCAUUGGCAUCAUUUCGGAAAUUAUAUCCCAUGCAUCGCCCAGAAGAAAUAAGCCGCUGUAUUAAAAAAGCCACUGCGUAUAUUGAAAGCGUUCAAGCUUCAGAUGGUUCAUGGUAUGGUUCAUGGGGAGUUUGCUUCACCUAUGCCACAUGGUUUGGGAUAAAUGGGUUGAUUGCUACUGGAAAGAGUUACAGUGAUUGCCCAGCCAUCCGCAAAGCUUGUGAAUUUCUGCUGUCUAAGCAACUUUCAAAUGGUGGCUGGGGAGAGAGUUAUUUGUCUUGUCAAAAUAAGGUGUAUUCAAAUCUUGAAAACAAUAGGGCUCAUCUCGUAAACACAUCGUGGGCCUUGCUGGCUCUCAUUGCUGCUGGACAGGCCAAAAGAGAUCCAAAACCAUUGCACCGUGCAGCCGCAUAUUUGAUAAAUUUCCAGAUGGACAAUGGUGACUUUCCACAAGAGGAAAUCAUGGGGGUGUUCAACAGAAAUUGCAUGAUCACUUAUGCUGCAUACAGAAACAUAUUCCCUAUCUGGGCAUUGGGCGAAUACAGAUGUAAUGUGUUGCAGUCUCGUUAA